AUGACUCUGAAAGACGAAAACUCGGAGAAAUCUCGAGAGCUCUUCCUCAACAUUGGUUUAGACGAGAAAACUGUACGCAGCAUCGUCGAAGACAGAGAUAAGAAGCUCACCUCCGACCUCAUCGCCGUCAUCGAACAGGUCUCCUCUCUCUCUGGACAAAAGAGAACCAUUAAAGAUGCUGUGGUCGGGGACACAUUCCAGUUCGAGAGGCUAGGUUAUUACACGGUCGACAAGGACACUAACCCGAGAAAGCUUGUGCUUAACCGGACGGUCACACUCAAAGACAACAACAAGAAAGAUGGGAAGUAG